UAUAAAUAUGUACGUCAAACAUGUUUUAAAGGUGGUGUCGAUUGUUUUUCUGCUAGAUUUUUCUAAUGCUUGGAAGCAAUUCAAUAGUCUCAGAAUUAAAUUUGGAUUCGAUAUUACCGUGGCAUAUUACGAUAUUCCUACUACAACCAACAGUUCCUUGAUGAAGGAAUACCUGAAAGUCCAACCUGAACGAGAUUUUAAGUUUCAAAUGGAUUUCUAUUGUUACAAAGAAGAUCCCAGAGUAUGUUUCAUGUAUGACAAGGUGGGGAACAUUGCAGGCUGUCAAAUAUCGAUGCUUAAAGAAGAUUUACAAAAUGUAAGGCCUGAGUAUUACAACUAUUCAGCAAUUAAUAAUUAUGUUCAAACAAACUUUCUCAAUACACCUGCUUACAGCCAGAGGACAUAUUUCACGAAUCCAGAAAUACUUACUGAGGCAGGCCGUCAGAAUACUGAGGAAAUAGCUGAAGGCCUCUGGACCUAUUUGGAGGGUAAGCUGGUCCAGAUUCGGAGGGAAAAGCCAGAACAAGAAAUAUUUGAGCACUUCUAUCGUCAAGGAUGCAUACUAGGAAUGGGUUCACACUACUUCUACAAGAUUAAUCCCACUGCAUCCUGUGACAACAACUUUCCGCUUUUUUCAUUAUACGAUGAAGAGAGUCUUGUAGGAUAUGGCAUGACUUUCGUUGGGUAUGGAUCACAUGGACCAGAUAGAGGAUGGUACGAGCAUCCAGUGAAGGAAGCCAUGCUGCUCAUCACCCCAGAUUUUCCGGAAUGUCUUUACAACUUGGCAGUAAUGUAUGGUACAACGAUGGUACACGUCUUUCUUGUUGAAAACCCAUGGAACAUUUAUUGUGAUAUUUGGGAGUAGAUAGACAUAUGUAAUAAGAGUGUUUAUUUAUUUAUUACUAUUUUUGUAUUUUAUUAAAUAUUUUUCAUAUGAAUAAAAAAAGAAAGUUUUUUUUUUUAUAAAA